AUGGAAGCUAUAUUUGCUAUACCAUUUACUGUAUUAGAAAUACCUCAUAUUAAAAUUAAGAAACCGUCGUGGCUGCAGCCGCCGUCAGCAAUGGCAACGUUUGCAUUGGUGCUUUUAUCCUAUUUUUUGGUUACAGGAGGUAUAAUAUAUGACGUGAUAGUGGAACCCCCUAGCAUAGGAUCCACGACUGACGAGCACGGACAUAGCCGACCGGUUGCUUUUAUGCCGAAUCGAGUCAACGGCCAAUAUAUAAUGGAAGGACUAGCUGCUAGCUUCCUUUUUUCUCUCGGUGGCCUUGGCUUUAUAAUAAUGGAUAGAACUCACAAUCCAUCUACACCUAAAUUAAACAGAAUAUUACUCAUCUCUGUGGCAUUCCUAUGUAUUCUUGUAUCAUUUUUCACAACUUGGAUUUUCAUGAGAAUGAAACUGCCAGGUUACCUCCUUAAC